GCCCCUGUAAUAUAAUAGAAGUCCGUAUAAGGUGCAUAUCUUUGUAUAAAGGUCACCUUGGUUCGCACUUUUCAACCAUUGUUUGUUUCCGUGAUCUGGAGAUAGAGCACAUCUUCAACCUACAGAACAUUCACGGCCGGCCUGAUUCUCUUACUCCGACUGAGAGAUGGGGCUGUCUUUCACCAAGCUCUUCAGUCGGCUGUUUGCCAAGAAGGAGAUGCGCAUAUUGAUGGUGGGUCUCGAUGCUGCUGGUAAGACUACCAUUCUCUACAAGCUGAAGUUGGGAGAAAUAGUCACCACCAUUCCUACCAUUGGAUUCAAUGUAGAGACUGUUGAGUACAAGAACAUUAGCUUCACAGUCUGGGAUGUUGGAGGCCAGGACAAGAUCCGACCACUAUGGAGACACUACUUCCAGAACACACAGGGACUUAUCUUUGUGGUUGAUAGUAAUGAUCGUGAUCGUGUGGUUGAAGCAAGAGACGAGCUUCACAGAAUGUUGAAUGAGGAUGAAUUGAGGGAUGCUGUUCUGCUUGUGUUUGCUAACAAGCAAGAUCUUCCUAAUGCAAUGAAUGCUGCUGAGAUAACUGAUAAGCUUGGGCUUCACUCUCUCCGUCAGCGCCACUGGUACAUUCAGAGCACAUGUGCCACAUCUGGUGAGGGGCUGUAUGAAGGACUUGACUGGCUUUCCAACAACAUCGCAAGCAAGGCAUAGAGAGUUUGAUGAUCUGAAUUUUGCCAAGAAAGAGUUGGGAUGUAUGGAAAGUUUAUUUUUUACAAUGUUUUGGUUCAAUCUCAUUAAUCUUCUUCUUCUGUUAACUUCAUCAUAUGAGACUUUUUUGUUUUGUUUUUCACAUUUAUAUGGUAGACUUUGCAGUUGUUAUCUGAUUCUGUUAGUAUGGAGUUCUAAUAUGUGGAGAUUAUUACCUUUUGUUCUUUUACA